AUGGCAGUCGAUGAUGAAGGUGGCACUCCGACGGAGAACGCCAUCUCGCCCAUCGAAGUCAUCGACAACAUGCCGACGGAGAACGCCGUUUCGCCCAUCGCUGUCGUGGACAGCUUGGCGGGCCCGACUUCAGCUCCGACCUCGGCUUCAGCUCCGACCUCGGCGUCAGCUCCGACCUCGGCGCAGCUGCCGACCCGGGCGGCCGAGGAGCCGCCGCCUUCGGCUGCGGAGGCGCCUGCGGCAGAGGCUGCGCCCUGGGGCCGUUUCCACGUCAAGUUGGAACCCCCUCGCUUCAGCGGCAACGACGUCGGUGCCAUCGACCUCGACACGUUGCCGUCGCAGUCGCCGUGCAAUUAUGGCAACGACAGGCAGCCGUCGUUCGACCACGACGUUCCAGCUGAGCAGGAGAGCCGCGAACCCGCGGAGCUUGAGCUGAAGCGACAGGAGGCGCUGCAGCAGGAGAAUGACGAGGAGGCUCGCGCGCUGGAGGAGAGCAGGAAGCUCGCGGAGCUCGAGAAGAGGCAGCGGGAGGCCCAGCGCAAGGAGGACGCGGAGAACCUCCGCGCGGCGACGAUCGACAGCACCAGGCUGGCGAGGGCUGAAAACAUCCACAGG